GUCAUUCACACUCCAGGGAUGUUUUAUUGUCGAGCGCCGUCCUUCCGUCCGUCCCCCGUUGGUUCGUCCCUCUGUGUAGCCGCUCAGCGUUGGUCUGCAGGCUCUCUUAAUCUGCUGCUUAAUUAGAGCUGAUGAAUGGCUGCAUGUGUGUGUGUGUGUGUGUGUGUGUGUGUGUGUGGGCAGCUUUGUGUGUGUGUGUUCGAUCAGUGAUGUGAUGAUGCAAAUUUCUAAUCAAAUCGAUAAAAAGUUACGACGUGCUUCAGCUUUUUAGCUAAAGUUUGUUUUUCUUCACUUAAAAAGAAAGAAAAAAGAUGUUUAGUUUGAACAGGCAGGAGGUCACAAGGCAGAUAAUUGCAGAAGCACUAAUUAUCUUUAUCAAAGGCGCGCGGGAUCAUUUGUUUACUUAAAUAUUGAUGAGGGUGAGUAAGGCAUGGUAUUGGGCUAUUGUGGGCAUAUUAUUAACAUUUCAUAGGGCUUUGUGGAGGAAUGCGAAAGGGACCCCUCUUCAUAAUUUAAUACCCUAAUGCAUAAUGAGCUAUGUGAUUAGCUCACACGGAGAAUUGGCCAAACUCCAUUUUUGAAGGCAGAUAAUUUACAUUGUUCUCUAGAGUCUGCCUUCUAAUAGCUUCUUUAGCGCAAUAAAAUUAAAUGCUACACAUUUUAUAUUUCGGCUUACAAAUCCCCCUGGCAGUAUACAGCUUUUUUUUUUCAUUUUUUUAUUUUAUAAAAUCAAAGGUUGGGGUUAACUUUCAAAAUAAAACACAUGUUUACCUACAUGUUUUAUUUAGAAAGCACACUUGCCAAUUAACACCGUUCAUUAGCCAAGCCGCGCUAUUUGUUUUGAAAGUUUAACCAAUCACUUUGUUAUGCUAAUUGUGAUAUAAUUUAAUUUGAGUUCCCAUAAUGAUGAUGCCGGCUAUUAUCCACAUAAAUGAUGCAGUUAAGCAGCAUGGCCUCAUUUGCAUGUGCUUGAAGGAAGAGAGGCUGGAAGAAAAAAAAAAUAAAAAGAAGCAGCCAGCUCUCCGUAUCACUCUGCGUUCGUUUUCCACCUCUGUUCACUCCUGCCCUUUGGGUCUUCCUGUUCUGUCACCGACUAUUGAUGAUCAGCACUUUUAGUUGUUGUUUUUAAUUUUCUGCAUCCCCAGAAUUGUAAUUUUGUAGGAAAUAAAAAAAAAAUGGAAAUAUUGGGCUAAUAAGAACCGUUUUUAGCGGCCCUGUUUGAGACAUCUGGAGGCACUACAAGCAGCGAGGCAAUUACUCUUGCAGCAGCCAGGCAGUGGCCUGAAAUCUCCAAAGAGUCAGGACAAGCAGCGUCCACUGCAGGUUCCUGUGUCAGUGGCCAUGAUGAGUCCCCAGGUGAUCACGCCACAACAGAUGCAGCAGAUCCUCCAGCAGCAGGUGCUCUCCCCCCAGCAGCUCCAAGCCCUGCUCCAGCAGCAGCAGGCUGUGAUGCUGCAGCAGCAACACCUGCAGGAGUUUUAUAAGAAGCAGCAGGAGCAGCUUCACCUGCAGCUUCUCCAGCAGCAGCAACACCCAGGCAAACAGGUCAAAGAGCAACAGCAGCAGCAGCAGCAACAGCAGCAGCUGGCCGCCCAGCAGCUCGUCUUCCAGCAGCAGCUCCUGCAGAUGCAGCAGCUCCAGCAGCAGCAGCACCUGCUCAACAUGCAGCGGCAGGGCCUGCUCUCGCUGCCGGGGCCCACCCCCGGCCAGGCCGCCCUGCCCGGACAGACCCUGCCCCCACCAGGUGGUUUGAGUCCCGCAGAACUCCAACAGUUGUGGAAGGACGUGACAGGGGGCGGGGGUCACAGCAUGGAGGAAAACGGCAUCAAACACAGCGGCAGCGGCACGGGCACAGGCACAUGCGUGGGCGGCGGCGGUUUAGACCUGACCACGACUAACACCUCCUCAACUACCUCCUCCUCCAACCCCGCCAAAGCGUCUCCCCCCAUCUCUCACCACGCCCUGACCAACGGACAGUCGCCGGCUCUGAAGCGCGAGAGGGAGAGCUCACUACACGAAGAGAACGGAGGAACCCACCCCCUGUAUGGUCACGGCGUGUGCAAGUGGCCCGGCUGUGAGAACAUCUGUGACAACUUUGGACAGUUUUUAAAGCAUCUAAACAACGAGCACGCCCUGGACGACCGCAGCACAGCCCAGUGUAGAGUCCAGAUGCAGGUGGUGCAGCAGCUGGAAAUCCAGCUUUCUAAAGAACGCGAGCGUCUUCAGGCCAUGAUGACCCACUUGCACAUGAGGCCCUCGGAACCCAAGUCAUCUCCCAAACCACUCAACCUGGUCUCCAGCGUCACCAUGUCCAAGAACCUCCCCUCUGCGUCCCCCCCAAACUUACCUCAGACCCCCACUACGCCCACCGCCCCCAUCACCCCUAUGGCCGCCAUGCCCCAGGUGCCGUCGGUGCUGGGCGGGGCAAACGUCCCCAGCAUGGGGGCCAUGCGCCGACGCCACUCGGACAAAUACUCCAUGCAGCUAUCGUCAGAGAUCGCCCCAAACUACGAGUUCUAUAAGAACGCAGACGUCAGGCCGCCGUUCACUUAUGCAACCCUCAUAAGACAGGCGAUCAUGGACUCUGCUGACAUGCAGUUAACACUCAACGAAAUCUACAGCUGGUUCACGCGCACCUUCGCUUACUUCAGACGCAACGCCGCCACUUGGAAGAACGCAGUUCGCCACAACCUCAGCCUGCACAAGUGCUUUGUGCGCGUGGAGAACGUGAAGGGGGCGGUGUGGACGGUGGAUGAGGUGGAGUACCAGAAGCGCAGGUCACAGAAGAUCACAGGAAGUCCGUCUCUGGUCAAGAACCUGCCGUCCAGCCUCGGUUAUGGAAAUGCACUGAACGCCAGCUUACAGGCGGCUCUGGCCGAGACCUCCCUGCCCUUGCUGGGCAGCCCGGGCCUCAUGAGCAGCGCGGCCGGCCCGAUGGGAGGCAGCUGCCACGGCCUUCUGGGCGGAGAUCCAUCCGUGCUCGGCGGGAGUCCGCCGGGGAUGUUAGGCGGGAGUCCGCCCGGGAUGUUAGGCGGCAGCCCGCCGGGAAUGUUGGGCGGGAGUCCACCCGGCUUGCUAGGCGGCAGCCCUCCAGGCACGCUGAGCGGGGGCUCCCCCGGCUUGUUGCAGUCCAGCCACGAGGAGCUCAACGGCUCCCUGGACCACCUGGACACCAACGGACACGGCAGCCCUGGAUACUCCCCAUCUGCACACAUGCCGCCCAUUCGCGUGAAGGAGGAGCCGCUCAAUAUGGACGACGACGACUGUCCGAUGUCGCUCGUGACGACGGCCAAUCACAGUCCGGAGCUGGAGGACGAGCGGGAGCUGGAGGAGGGGAACCUAUCGGAAGACCUGGAGUGACUAGGCGGCGCUUUUUGGUUCCCCGCCCCCACCCCCCCUCCACGCAGCCGCACUGUGUGGCCCCCACAGACCCGCGAGACUCGAACCACUCCACGGACCGGCACCCCCUCGCCGCUCUCACCACUGGGACUAUUUAUUUGAGCAUGUAUCCGGACAGAGACCGACCCCACCCCCGAAAACAAAACAAACAAACACACAAAAAAGGAACUCCUGGAUGGAGCCUAAAGGCGGCAGACAUGAGAUGUCUGUUUUCUCAAAGAACCUCGAUUCUUUCACGGUGGCCUGGCCACAAAGAGACUCACCGAUGGAGGAGGAGAGGAAAACACAAACCUAUAAGCAAGUUGGGUUGAAGCGCAGCAGCCUCAUAAAUACUGCCAAAAAGGAAUUUCUGUUUGUGAAUAAACCCACCAUAGUUAUUAAUGUCUAGAGACGAUUGCUGGUUCAAUUCAAGUUGUUAUCAUUUGCACAGGAGUAGUCUCAGAAGUUUGUGUCACUGCCUGUAUGUUGCUACUAUUAUUAUAAACAAAAACAAAAAAAAAAACAUUUUAUUUUUUAGCUUUUUCAUUUUUUUUUGUUUGUUUUUUUAGUUUCUAAAUCUGAUUUUCAGCACCACCAACUGUAAAUGCCAUUAUACCCGAGUCAUGCCAGUAACAGAACCGCGGUACCAAGACUGUUCCAACUACAACAAAAAAACCACAAAAGACCAAAAAGAGACGAAAAGAAAAGCUGGCUUCCAGUCGACUUAAAGAACCUGGAAAAAAAGAAAAAGUUUGUUUCUUUCUUUUGGCGCCAUUUACACACAAAAAAACCCUUUCUCUUUGCUGUCCUCCUUACCUCUGAGUUUGAAAGCUUUGUCUUACCUGCAAACAGUCACAGACAACAGCUAGAAACCAAAGCCAACGCUAACAACGGCCAAUAGCUUACAGGCAGAAGCCUCCAAACUCCUCUUGGUCCGCCUUCUGUGACUUUAAACCAGUACAAAGAGACGCUUUCGUUCCGCAAACUACCUUGGAAAAAAAAAAAAACCUCUGGGAUUGUUUAGCCCGAUACAAAGAUGAUCACGAGAAAGCACGCUGAGGAAAUGCUGACUUUUUUUUUUACGUUGUUUUGUUUUUUUGGUCACAUGAUGAACGUAUCCGACGUCCACUUUAGCUAAAAACGUUGGUUCGAGAGCAGCUAGCGGUACAAGUGGACCAAAGCUUUAGUGUAUUUCAGUGGAAGCAAUUUCUUUUUACUUUUCUUUAAAAGAGAUUUUUUUUUAAGUGUUCCGAUUACGUCUCCUUUUGCCUUUUUUUGUGUGUUCUGAGCAGCGUGGAAAACUGAAAACUGACUUUAACCAAACAUGAAGAAUAUCUAGUGAAGCCAAAUAAGUCAUAAUUUCAAGUUAAUAUGAAAUGAUGUGGCUUGGUUCAUUUAAAAAAAUGCAAAUUAGCCAUUGCAGAAGAGGAAAUUUAAGGGGGAAAGUUCACAUUUUCUAGGUGAGAAUUGCACCAAAUGAGGAAAAAAAAAAAAAAAAAAACAGUAGGGAAAAAAAACGAGGGGAAAUUCCAGUUUCCAAACAGCAUUUGUCACCUAGAAAAGUGCUGCUUUAAUGGUCAUUUCUGUUUUCAGUAAACCAAAGUUACACAAAGUUCUGCCUCCUCUUGUCUGGGAUACACACAAACACACACACACACGCUUUAUGGGUCAGCUUUUCUUUGUUUUUGGCUCUCCAGCAGCAAAAAGUGUGUGUUUUCAACUGAUUUAGUGUCUCGCUCCAAUAAGUUCUGACCAAAAAAAUAAAGAAAAAACUGCUUUUGGAGUCCAAACCGUUGACAGUAUAUGAGAACUGGACUGAGUGACCCCUCCCCCAACGUAUUCCAAACAGGAAGUAUCAGAUUGGAGAUUAAAGUAGCUCUAAUCCUAGUUUUUAUCACGAUAUUUUGUUGUUAUAAACUAACCAAUGAGAUAAUCUUGAGGGGUGUGGCCUUCCAACAAGCUCACUUCUGAUUGGUGAGAGUGGUUACCAUAGUAACAAUGGUUUGGACCAAUCACUGGUUUCAGCAUAGCGAUCCCUUACUGCGAAAAAAAACAGCAACUGAAUCGACUUAAUUUGGUUUAAGACGGAAGUCGGCCAUUUUCUAUUUAUGACAUCACACCUGCUCAGUCCAGUUCUCACAUGCAGUCGACAAGUCCAACAGCUCAAGAGGUCACACGGUCCCAGGAACGAAGCUCAUCCCGUCAAAAAUACCGAGCUGGAGUCGGCAACUUGAAGAUCAAAAACUUUUAUUGCACCAAAAAAAAUAAUAAAAACACUACAAAAAAUAUGGGGAUUCUCCCACUUUUACCCAAAAAUAAAACGGUUUUCUGAAAGCUUCUACCUCUGCACAGCAAAAUCCCCAACAAUUAACGCACGAGUUACCAGAAGAAGUUAGGACGCGGCUCCAACCCGACGUUUACAUUCCCCCCUCUGCGUUUCCAACCUGGAAGAUCUGCGUUGUGACGUCCGCAAGCAUUUUGUAGAAUGGUGAUGUAUAGAUUACCUGUAAGGGAAUAAUUGUGUUUUAAAACAUGCAUGUCUUGGGGAAAAAUAAAAAUAUGAAAAAAGGAAAAAAGAAUUGAUGGACUGGAAAUGAGAAUAUAAUAAUAAUAUGAAUAAUAAUAAACUCAUCGAGGACGAAGGCCUAAAUGUACGAUGCAUCACAGUGCAUUACCUCAGAUAUACUGGCUUUGGGAGGGAUGAGACCUGUCAGCCACAGAAUGCAUAUUACCUGUAGAUUUGCAUGGGUUUUUGUAUAAAUUCAGAAAAAGAAAAAAGUCUAAAAUAGUUGCUUGCACAAAAUACCAGAAAGACCUCCAGAACUUGCGACCUGCUCCUCCAUUAGAUUUUAGGGACCGUCUGGAUUUUUUUCUGGGUUGAUUUUUGUCUGUAUUUUGAUAACUGUGCAUACUUAUGUAAAAAGGUUCAAAACGAGGAAAAAAAAAAAAAAGAAGCGUCGGUGGACCCAUAAAUUUACCAGACUUUUUUCUAAGAGGAAAAAAAACAAAAAAAGAAAAAAAAAAUUCUGUGUUUCUUUUCUGACUUAACCUGAAUUUUUACUGUUUCUCUCUCAUUGCUCGCGAAUAGCAAAACCUGCUUUUUCUGCAUCUGCUUUGCGUAGCUGUAAGGCUUAACCUAAUGUGUGUAUUUAUUGCUUGUACCUCUGUGCAUACUUUAUGAAGCAUUAUGUCUGGCAGUUGAGUCAUGUAUCCUUUCUACUGCUAUCCUUCUCUAAUAAUUGAGAAUAUGAUCCCCCUAUGUAUACAGUAAAUUGGGACUGUAGCAAACAUAUGUUUAUGUAAUUGGUGAAUUUCUUUGAUUUCUUCUUUUUGAUCAAGAUUCAAUUUUUUAUUUUAUUUUAUUUUUUUUAUUUUUUUUUUUAUACUUCUCAUUACUGUGUACUGUGUCCAUACGUUAAAGCUUCUCUGACAUUAGAAGGUCAUGGUUGAGAAUUGUAACAAGACAUUAUUUUUUUCUGUAUUCAUGGCAUUUCACUGCUGAAUAAAAUAAAGGACCAAAACUUGGAAAAAUUUGAAA